GCAUCCAAAGCUGUGAAAGAAAAGUAUGAGCGUUGGCAGAAGGCAAAUGACAAAGCUCUAUACUUUAUGCUUUCUAGCAUGGUUGACACCCUCAAAACUCGGUUUUCUAAAACUGAGAAGGCUGCUGAAGUUAUGACGAAGUUAAAUGAGCUAUUCGGUAAGGCAUCACUUCAGUCACGCUUUGACGCGACUAAGAAGUACAUCAAUGCACGGAUGGAACCUCAUCAAAACGUGCGUGAUCAUGUUCUCCUCAUGUCCAGUUAUUUCCAAGAAGCCCAGGAUCAUGGUGCUGAAAUGGACAGUGCUACUCAAGUAAGUCUUAUCUUGAAUAGCCUGACUCCAGCAUUUCUACCAUAUACAUCAAAUUAUGUCAUGAAUAAAAAGGAAAUUGACUUUCAUGAAUUAGUCAAUGACCUUCAAACUUAUGAAAAUUUGAUUGGAGGACCCAAGAAGAAAGGGAGUAAACCUCAUCCUGGUAAUGGUAAUGGGACGAUAAAACCUGAAGCAAAUGUUGCCUCUGCUUCAAAGCCCAAAUCGAAGAAGAAGUGGAAGAACACCAAGAAGCGAACAAAAGUCAUGAAAAAGGCUGCUCCUUCUGGUGAUGCUACACUUAAAGGAAAGUGUUUCCACUGCAAUGAAAAAGGUCAUUGGAAACCCCAGUGUCCUAAACUUCUUGCAAAGAAACAAGGCCAAGCUACUUGAACUCAAUUGAGUUGGAUCAGCAAGCUGGACCAAGGGUGAAAUCGUCCAGAUGAAGAUGAAGCUCUUCAAUUUAUUUUUGAAUUAAUUGUUUUAGUUUAAAGACAAUUUGGAUUUCAAAUUUUAGUUAGGGAUAUUUAUCCCUGUUUCUCUCAUAUUGUUGCAAUAUUUUUUUUUUAAUAUUAAUAAAGUUUUAUUUUCGAAAUUCCGUAUUGCAAUUUAUGAGAUUGAGCUUCAUUUAAUUUAUCUUCAUCAAUUAUUACCACAUUAUAUUUGUAUGUUUGUAUGUGUAAGUGAUUUUAUUAUUGAUGCAAAUUCUAUAAUAUUUACAACUCUUCAUAGAGUUAUAUUAUAUAAACAUUAGAAAUUAUUUCUAUGUUUAUCAAUAAUUGUUAAUUCUCAUACAAUUAUUAAGAAUUUGUUUAAUAAAAGGAUCUUAUGAUCUGAUAGGGGUGGAGAAAAGUUAAGAAAACUAUGCAGUUCAACGAUCUUUUAUAUCUAAUGAACUCUGGAUAGUAUUCAACUCCACAUAAACUCUAUCACACUAAGAGAAUCAUGAUCUAUACAACCUUUAGGGGUGGAUCAUAGUCUCUAUAUACUUAGGGGUGGAGGUUAUCCAUAGUACCCUAUAUGUAUAUUCUUAGGGGUGGAGUCCAUUCCACAAUUCCCUAUGAAACACAUAUCUUGUUUAAACAUAGAAGUUAUAUAAUGAGUCAGCUACUGUCAAUAUAAAUUCUUGAUCUUGAUUGUAUGUUCCAUUUCGAUUUUACUGUAAUAAGUAAAAGUUUGAUACCUUUGAAAGUUCUUUGUUAAAGUUUCACACUACCUUAAUUGAGUGGGAGAAUUUUAAAGUUCUAUACCCAUCUUCAUUAGGUUGAUAAUUGUGAUAGGUACUUAAGAACACUACUGAAAAGCAAAUCUAACCAUUCACAUGGAUAGGUAUAGCUUAUCAGAAUUAUGAGAAUAAGAUAAAGAACUCUAGUUCAGUCCACUCGAAUGACUUGAACCAAGAAUUCUUAAUCCUCAUAAAAUUUUAUGGUAUCUUAAUUUUGAUUACUUUAUCUCUGGCAUGUAUUUUUCACUUCAAAUACUAGUCUGCUAUGUUGAUGACUUAGUCUUAACUUAAAGUUUUAAGAAUAAUACAAAAGUC